AUGGCGGCGCUUCCAAAGUCGGAUCGACCGCAGUCGUGGGCUCCAACGCCGGAUCCAACACCGGAGCCAACAUGGCGGCCAACACCGGAGCCACCAACAUGGGAGCCAACACCGGAGCCAACACCGGUGCCGGCACCCUCUCGGCCGUCACCGACGCCGGUGCCGGCACCCUCUCAGCCGCCGGUGCCGAGCCAAGUACAGCCAACAAUGAAGCCAAUAUCCCCCGCGACAUCAGCACCACCACUGAUGCCGGUGGAUCCGACCACGGCAACACCACCACCCAAUGCGCCGACGCAAGUCUCUACAACGGGCACACCACUACCAACAAAAAACGAACCGACGGCCGAGACUGCUUUAGGCACACCCAUGUCGUCGCCAUCCUCAGAACCAAAGUCAGGACCGCCAUCGAUGGCCUCGCCGAACACAAGUUCAGCUGGAAGCGCCACUCCCGCGCCCGUGCAAGCCGUCGACGGCGCUUCCAAUUCCUCGACCAACUCCACGCCGCUCAUUGUCGGCGUCAGUGUCGGCGGCGUGCUUUGUCUCGCGCUCAUUGGCUGGUACUGCAUCAAGCGACGCCGACACGCUGAUGACAAGGCGACGCCGCUCAUUGGAUUGGUCUCGACGAUGGCGGCCGACUACUCGAAUGACACGGGCGCCAUCGACCUCUCGCACCUCUCCCGCUGCCGCCUCGACACUGGAUCGGUCGUUCUCUACUCGAUCGCGGGUCGCGGUGCGUUUGCCGAAGUGUGGCGCGGCUCGUACAACGGCGCGACCGUGGCCGUCAAGAAGCUUCAGGGGGCGCGGCAGUCGGAUCGCGAGAUUCAAACCUUUGUCCGUGAGAUUCAACUCCUUUCCAGUUUUGACUGCCCAUAUAUCGUGUCGCUCGUGGGCGCGACGUGGAACACGCCCAUGGAUUUGCAGUGCGUCAUGGAGUACAUGGACGCUGGCGACCUCCGUGACCACCUAAAUCGGCAAGACGCGGCUUCGUUUCCGUGGUCGGCCAAAAUCGUGUGUCUCCAGGCGGUCGUGUACGGUCUCGGGUACCUACACUCGCUCUCAAUCAUCCACCGCGACCUCAAGUCCCGCAACGUCCUCCUCGAUACGAAGAAGGGCUACAAGCUCGUGGACUUUGGCAUCGCCAAGGAAGACAUGCAAGCCACCAUGACGAUGGGAGUCGGGACGUUCCGCUGGAUGGCGCCCGAGGUGCUUCAGGAAACCGCGUACACGGUCGCUGCCGACGUCUACUCGUUCGGUGUGAUGCUCUCCGAGAUGGACACGCACGAGCUACCGUACACGGAUGUCAAGAACCCGACGACGGGCCAGCCACUCGCGGACCCGGCUGUCGUUGGGCGCGUCAUGGCCGGCACGAUCAAGCCGUCGUUCACCCCUGACGGGCCUGCGUGGGUCCGCGCCCUUGGCGAGAGCUGUCUGCAGUUCGACCCGGAGGAUCGCCCAACGAUCUACCAGAUCGCUGCCACGUUGGAGCAAGUAAAGGCAACCACGUAUGAGUAAUUCAGUCGUAAUGUCAUUUUGAUAAGUUGAUUUUCAC